GCCAUCUCUACCCCGGAGUUCCCUGGUGGCUCGCGGAGCGCCCUCUGACGCCUGCCUGUUCCGCUGCCCAAGGGGCCGCCAGGAGCUCGCAUCCCGGCGGCGGGAAGCUCACUGGGGGCGCCUGGCUGCGAACCCAAGGCCCCGACUCUGGGUGGAGGGCUGGAGGCCGGCAUCUCUGACAGGAGUCGUGGUGCUCAAAGCCAAGGUGAGAACGAAGCAGAGUUUAAAAAAUAACCAAGAAAGAUGCUUUUGAAGCUGAGUGUUGCAGCCAUCCAGUCCCUUCAUUUUGGUGCUUUGGUGUACAUCAGCCUGAUGUUUGGGAUUUCAUGUGCUUGGCCUGAGAAACCCUGUGUUUUUAAAAUGAAAUUACAGAAUCUACGGCCAGUUUUAUCAUGGGAAUUCAAAAAUGAUUCCAUUGUACCAGCUUACUACAAUUUGCAGUACACAAUCAUGAGUAAACCAGAACCUAUGAAAACUAUUGAAAGCUGUACAAACAUCACAAGCACAUUUUGUGACCUGACAGAGGCAUGGGAAGACUUUUAUGAGAACUACUUCAUCCUAGUGGAAGGAUUCCAAGGGGCUGCAUCGUUGGUGAACUGUUCGGCCGUUUUCACGUCUGUGGACUUAUAUAUUGAGCCACCAGAGUUUGAAAUUACUGACUUCACAGACCACAUUAAUGUUACAGUAAAAUUUCCAUCCAACCUCCCCAAGGUACUGAGGAACAAUUCAGAAGAUUACUUACAGCUCAUCAUCAGUGAGGAGACUGGAGGGAUGGUUAAGACGCAUAAACCUGGGAUACCAAAAAACAUCAGUGGAAAUAUCAGCUAUGUCAUUGAGAAGUUGAUUCCAAAAAGCAACUAUUGUGUGUCUGUCUAUUUUGAGCCUACACUUCAGACUAAUGUAGUUAAACCUCCUCCAAAAUGCACCCUCCUUCCACCUGACCAGGAACCAGGCCCCAGACAGCCGGAGCCCGGUCUACCAUCACAGCAUUUUCAAAAGAACCCGCCAGCCUCCCAUCACUGACCUAUCCAAGGAAGGCCACGGACACUGUGGACCAGCCAGAGACGUGCACGAGAACUGAUCACACCCCUCCUCGCCCCCAGCUUUACUCUGCAAGACUACCAGCCUUAAUCCACCCCUCUCCCCUGUGCAAGUGAACAGUAGCUGCCUCUGUGCUUUGCAAAAUAAACACCUGCUUUGUUCAGCCA